AUGGGAAGAGGAACAAAGGUAUAUCAAGGAGAAACAAAUAACAACACAGUCCUCCCCAACAAAACUAAGAAGGAACACCACUCAACAAAGGAAACCUACCUUCAAAACCAGAAGGAGAAAUUUAUGGUUUGGUCUAGAACCGGACUUCUAACUCCCCAAAAGCAAACUGUCAUCGACAGGACCCUCACGCCCAGGCAAAUCACAAAAAGAUCAUCAGAUGAAGGAUAUUCCAAACAAGAUAAGGGACCUCACAAGGGGACGAGAAAUCCCACCUCGAAGAGCCACAACCUCAAGAUGAAAAGCAGACAAGACUCUAACAGGAACACAACAGACAGAGCGACACUCACCGAACGAACAUCAUCAAACCUCCGUCCAAACAAGAAAUCCGAGCCACAAGAAGUGGUGGAGUGA